AUGAUCUCCAGGGUAAAUUCAACUCAAUCUCUACGCAUUCGUAAUCUCGAGGGGGAAGUCUCGAGGCUUUUAGCGGAAAACGUCUCUCUUCGGGAACAGAUUAUCAGGUUGCACUACGAAGUCGAGAAUGCUCCUGGCCGCUGGACGUGGGACAAAAUUGAGGAUUUGAAAGAAAAGCUAGAAUCGAAGCUCCAUGGCUUCAAUGACAUUCUGAAAGAGCUUGGGGAAGUCAAAAGAAACGCUACAAGCGAGAGAUCCACACGGCGGAAAUCAGUUGAUCAUCCAAAGCCUCAGAGAUCGCCGAGUCAGCGACAACGAAAGAACAAUUUAUCGACGGCGGACACGUUAGACGAAGCGGAUGGGAGACUGCCCACAAUAGUAGAGGACAAGCGCUUUCCAAGGCAGACGUUAGAUGUGAGCGAGCUGCGAACCAUGAUUACAGGCACGGCCGAUCUUACAGAUUCGCCUGAUAUAGGCUCACCUCCGAUUGCCCAUUUCGAGGAAGCGGACCCCGUCAAAUUUGAUCACAGAGCUGAGGAAGAUACCACGACCUCCAAUUUAGCAAUUGAUCACUCUUUGAGAAGAAAGCGGCGUGAAAGCUUUCAUCAGGAUGACGCAAAUAGAGUAAAAGACGGAGUCAAUGUUGACGAACACAAUGCCCCAGUGAAUGGGAGUUCAGCAGUAUCCCAAGUGCUCAAGUUUGGUCCAAAGCGGAAGCUCAGCCACCGCGACCAAAGUAUUCCAAAAAUCAACAAUCCAGGCAAUGAGAACCUUACUUCGAGCCGCAAAGCACUGAACGGGGGGGACGGAAGUAUAAGAGCAAAAGCAGACUCAAAAACUUCAUCAAGUGGUACUAGGUUCUCCGAAGGGAAAGCAGCCAAAGAAAGAGCCGGCUCCGAAGAGGUCAAGCCGACCCGUACCUCAAACACACGGCAGCCUUUGGGACCCAAAAACACAAAUAGCGACCCACAGUCUCCGGUGAAAUUGAUGAGAGACCUUCUGAAAGAUAAAGCUUUCAAAGAUGCCAAAGAAAGCAUCAGCAAUCGAGUACAGAACGGGGGCCGAGAGAAUGAAAAGCCUGCCCCCAGUAAAGCACAGAAAAAUUCGAAUGAGACGCAGAUGACAAAGAAGCGGUCUGCCCCUUCUAGAGAACUCCCACCAAAGACCCCAACUGUCGAGGGUCUCGACCUUUUGUCUCCAACCAUAUCUGAUCCAUCUGAGCCUCGGCCUGAAAGGGGAGAUACGCCACCACCUCCUGACCUUGGGGCUAACACCGGCAUCGGCUCCUUUGGUCGGGCCUCGCGACGUUCGAAGAGCAGUGUCAGCUAUGCUGAACCUAACCUCCGUGACAAGAUGAGGAGGCCAACGAAGGACUUUGUCGACGCUGUCACCGCUGAAGACAGAAUGAGGCAGGCAGCUAAUCUCAAGCGAGAAAACAGUGUUACGUCGAUAGAGGGACUUACAGAUCUAAGGAUCAAGGAUGAAGAUAACAGCGAGGUAACAGGGCCAAUUUGGACUACCAAGCCAAUUCAGGAGACAAGAAGUCAGCUCCAAAGACAGGAAGCUGAGACGUCAAGUCCCUUGAGCCAAAAAACAUCAUUAUCUGCAACGGACUUGCCCACAAGUGUCGCUACCGACAGACGCCGGCGCGCGUCUGCAAUUGGCCGUAAAGACGAUGGCGAGCAACAUACGCAUGGGACUGGAGCAGCCGAUGCAAUCACAGCACUUGUGAAUGGCGCACACCGAAGGCAGAGACUAAAUUCCGACGAGAAAAAAGAACCAGCGGACACUUCGAAGCCGAUUAUGCCUGAUGCAGCGACCGGAACGAGCAUAUUCGACUUCACCAGCAGCUCGCCGGAAGAUGCUGACAGGAGCAGUAAGCAAGACGGGCCGGCAAAACCGACGCGUGUUUCUAGGCGUCAUUCAACGGCAGUGGAUCCAGGGAAGAGCUCCAUCACGAUCUCUCGUCGAAGAAGGGGCACCUUCGUGGAUAAUGAGCCAGGUUCUGACAAGGGUCAACGGGUUGACCUCAAACUCAUGAAGAGCAUGACGGCUCUGGAGCCAGUGGCUUCGGUAGGGUCGAAGUCAGCAGCAGAGGUGGAAUCAUUUGGCCGAGCAGCUAGCAGGCGCCGGAGCAUGAUGUUAUGA